AUGAUAAAAGAAAAUUUAUAUGAUAAAUAUUUGAAUUUAUUUAUUAUUGAUAAAGGAAAUUGUGAUUUUUUAUACAAAGAUAAUAUAAUUGUUAGGAAUACUAAAAAUAUGAUGCGCACUAAAUCGAUAAAUUAUCAAAAUCUUAAAGAUGAAUUAAAAAAUAUAAAUGACUUGGAAACAUUUGAUUGUAAUACAAAUUGUUUUGCUUCAUUAUAUUUGAGUGAUUUAGACAAAAGUAUGUGUGAAAAUAAACAAAAUAGUGAGAAUAAAAUAUCUAAAGGUGAUUAUAAAAAUAUUUACUCAAAUGAAAAAAUUUAUUUAGAUUCUAAUGAAAAUAAGCAAUUUUCAAAAAUUAAAGAUAAUAAUUUUGAAAAUAGUACUUAUAAUUCAAAAAGUUCUUGUGAAGACGGAUUCUGUUCAAAAAAUACAUGUUCAAUAAUAGAGAAUUUCAAAAAUAGUACUUUAAAUAAAAAGAUAAAAAAUAUUGAAAUGAAAAAGUCUUAUAAAAAUAAUAAAAAUAUUGAUAAUUAUUCUAUUAGUGAUACUGAGAGAAUAAAAGAAAAUACUUCAAAUGAUAAUGGAGAAAACAAUAAUUGUGAAGAUAUAGAAGAUAUGAUAUAUUUUACAAAAAAAAAUAUGAAAUGUUCAUGCUUACGUGACUAUUCUGAAGAAAAUAAGAUGCUUCAAAAUAACUCAUUUUAUAGUUGCGAUUGUUAUAAAUCAUCUAAAGGUAUUUUAAGUGAUUUAAAUAAUUUUAAUUUUUCUUUUUUUAAUGACAAAAAGAAUAUUCAUUGUAAUUCUAUAAAAAAUUCAAAUGAAAAUAGUAUCAAUUUAAGGUCGAAUAAUAAUAAAAAAGAUAACAUUAAAAAAUAUGUAGAAGUAAUUAAAAAUUCAAAAAAAAAUUAUUUAAAAAAAAAAAAAAAAAAUUAUUCCAAUAUUCAAAAAGGUAUCUUAAACAUUAAAAAUAUGAUAUAUAAUGAUCACUCGGAAAUAAAUAAAGAUAAAUGUAGUCAUACUAAUAGAAGCAAUAGUGAUAAUAGCAGUUGUGAUGAAAGUGAAGAAAUAAUAGAUAAGAUUAAUUUGAACGUAUAUGAUUCAAAUAAUAACAAUUUUGAUAGUAAAAUUAAUGAAGAAUGGAAUAGAAAUAAAUAUAAUAUUAAAGAUAUUUUAGAUAAAAAUGUAUUAAGUAAUUUUAUAGAAACGAUUAAUAAUUAUUCCAUUAAUAACAAAGAUAAUUUCAAAGGGAAUGCUCAUGAAAAGCUAAAUAAUAAAAAAAAUUAUGAAGUAAAUAAUUGUAAAAAUGAAUUUUAUAUAGAAAAAGAAGAAAAAGAAUUAAACAAUUAUGCAAAAAUUAAAAGUUAUUAUAAGCAUGACUGUAAUUCUAAUAGUAAAACGAAUAAAAAUAUAAAGGUUAAUAAAAUGAAUCUUAAUGGAAGUAAGGGGGGUAAUAAAAUGCAUAGUAAUGAUAAUAUCAAAGAGCAUGCUAAUAAUAAAUUUAUUUUAAAUGAUGAUGUUACUCUGAGUGAUGAGUAUAAUAUAUGUAACUUAAUAAGUAAGAAUACAUAUAAUGAAAAUAAUAAAUUUUCUAUUAUAAAUGACUUUAUAAAUGCAUAUAUGGAAAAGAAUUGCCAUGAUUUUUAUAAUAAUAUUAAUGAUGAAAUUGAUAAAACAAAAAUAGAGAAAGUAGGAGCUAUUGAAAAAAAUAAAAAUAUGGGUAUUAUAAAAGAAAAAUUAAAUAAAAGUAUAUUUUUUGAUAAUAAGAAUGAUAAUGAAUCUACUUCAAAGUUAAAUGAUAGCGAAAAUGGUAGCUUAAAAAAUUUAAAUAAUGAUAACAAUAAAAUUAUGAUAGAAAUAGAAAAAUGUAAAUGCCAUGUAUUAAAUAAUUCAAAUCAUCAAAAUAAAAAUGAUUUAUCUCUAAAUAAUUAUACGAGUGCUAAUUGUAGUGAACAUAAAAAUUUAAAUAACAAUUUAAAUAAAACUGAUUAUCUUAAAGACAUUCCUCAUAUAAGGGAUAUAUCAAAAAAUUUAAUAGAGAAUUAUGAAAUUUUAAAUUUUUAUUUGAACUCUUUAAAUAAACCCAAUACAACAAUAAAUGAUCAGUUACUUAACCUUUACUGUUAUAGUUAUUUAAGGCACUAUAUAUUAAAUAAUAUAAAAUUAUCAAAUUCAUAUUAUACAGAAAAUACUAUCCCAAAUAAUGAAAACAAUAACGAAAUUAAUAAAAAUAAGAAUGAAAGCAUUUUUAAUAAUAAAAAAUAUUUCCAUAAUUUUAAUAAAGAGAAAAAAUGCUGUGCAAAUAGUUAUUUUGAAAAAACGCAUAAUGAUAACUUUUAUAAUAAUAAUAAUAAUAAUAAUAAUAAUAAUACUAUUAGUAAUAAUAUUAAUGAUAAUAAGAAAAACAUUUUACAUGAUUUAUAUAAUACUUAUUUUCUUUUAAAUAAUAAUUCAAAUAAUAGUAGUAAUUUUUUAAACAAUUCCAAUAAAACUAAAUCAAGUGAUACUACCGAAUAUUUUAAUAAAAUGAACUGCAACAAUAUAUCAUUUAAUACCAAUAUGACUAAUAACAUAAAUGAAGAAAAUACAAAUAGUAGUAGCAAUAUUAAUAAUAUAGAUAGCAAUCUAGAUAAUAAUGAAGUUAAGCAAAUACUUCAUAAAUAUUUUAAUUAUUUGAAACUGAAGAAUUAUAUUAUUCCAUCUAAUAUUGAAUAUGAUUCAUGCAUAACUCAAAAUAAAAAUAAGAAUUGUGGUUAUAAUGAAUCCAGUGAUUUUCUAAAUUUGUCUUAUAACUUUAUCAAUGAACAUAAGAAUGUAAAUAAUAAUAUAUCUUAUAAUAAUUUUUGUAAAUUUCAUAAAAAAGAAUUAGAUAAAAUAAAUGAUUUUUUUUUAAAUAAAAGUUGUCAAGGUACUUGUAAUUUUGAUGUACGUAGUUUAUAUGAAAAUUAUGUUUUGAACUUAAAUUAUAGGAAUAUUCAUAGUAAUAAAUUUUUUUAUUUUUUUAAAAAUAUAAUUGAAAGAUUAAAUAGAGAAGAACUCCAACAAUUGAUGCUAUGUCAAUGUUGCUAUGUCUUUAAAAAAAUAGAAAAUAAAAUAACACCACUUGAUAUUAUUUUAGAUACUCAAAUUUUGUUUUAUGAUUGUCUCAAUUAUUUUAAAAAUGAGGGUUGGAUUAAUAAAAAUGUUUCAGAAGAAAAUAAAAAUAUAGAUAAUAUAAAAGAUAAAAAUUUAGACGAAUAUAGUAAAAAUGGUAAAUUUAAAGAAACAAACUAUUAUUCAGAUAAUUUAAAUUGCUUUGGUAAUUCUAGUAUUUCUAAUUCACAUACAAUUGGCAACAGUAACAUUCUCAAUAAAAAAAAUAGUAAUGAUGAUGCUUUUUGCUCUGCAAGUAAUAACCAAAACAUAAAUUUUUAUAAUUUAGAAAAUCACGAAAUAUCUAGAACUUCUACAACGGCGACUAUUAGUUAUAAAAGCAACGGAAUUUCAAAAGAACAAAAGAAUAAUCAGGAAUUUAAUCAAAAUAAUAAAAAAAAUAAUGACAUAGAAAUAAAUUGCAUAUAUGAUAAUAAAGCAAAUUAUAAUAAGGAUAAAUUUUAA